AUGACAAAAGAUUUUAAUAUCAUCGUUUGUGGUUCACCGCGUGUUGGUAAGAGUACUCUUAUAAAUGCUAUAUGUGGUAAAGAAGUAGCCAAAACAAGCAAUAGCUUAAAGUCAUGUACGAAUAAACUUGAGAAAUAUUUAUACAAAGGAAAGCAAGCAGCAAGCGAUGGAGUUUCACCGCCGAUUGAAUAUUCCAUCACCUUUUGGGACACACCCGGCGUCGAAUCAUGGUCUGAAAACGAUGUUCGAAAACAUUUUUUGACUCUUAUACAUGAAAGUAAACCUGUUUGCAUGAUCUAUUGUGCGUCGCCUGGUUCAUUUCUUCGGUUAGAACAAUUACAAUGGCUUGUUGAUACAUGUAUUCAAUCAAAGAUUUUCUGUGCACUUGUCUGUACUAACAAAUAUUCUGGAGGCUCUCAGAAACGUACAGAAGUUAUGGAAAAUUUCCAAUCGCUCUUAGACCAGCAUUAUGCUAUAAUAAAAGAUGAAGCGAAUGUUAAAUAUUUUGCUAACGUAGCUUUAUGUACAGCAGUGAAUAGCAUUGUCUAUGAAGAUCAAGAAAUGGGUAUCAAGAAAGAAGCCGAAGGUAUUAAUGAACUUAUUUUUGGCGUGAUGACUUCAUUAAAAGAUCAUGACCUUGCCGGAUGGUGUUUAACUGUUGCUGAAAACAAUAAGUUUUGGACAGAUAUGAAGAUAAAAGUUGAAGAAUUCUUUCGAGCAUCUCGACCAUUUAUACGGUUUUGUUGCAAGGAAGUCGGUAGGCAGAUGGUAUCAUCUUUGAUUGAUUUUAUCUUGAACACAGCAUCUGAAGAAAUGUAA